ACGUAUUAUGCCGGAUGUUGUUAUUGAGACAGCAGGAACAGCUGAGAGAGCACAACACAACAAGCCACCCGACAGCCAGAUCUACACAAUAGUAUUCGACACAACAACAACACAAAGCUGACACGUUAGAGGUUUGUUCCAGUGCUGACCAUUUGUCUGAAGUGAUGGGGAGGAUUUUUCUGGACCACAUCGGCGGGACACGCCUGUUCUCCUGUGCGAACUGCGACACCAUCCUGACGAACCGAUCAGAGCUGAUCUCCACACGCUUCACCGGGGCCACAGGCAGAGCCUUCCUCUUCAACAAGGUGGUGAAUCUGCAGUACAGUGAGGUGCAGGAUCGAGUCAUGCUCACAGGGAGACAUAUGGUGCGGGACGUCAGCUGCAAGAACUGCAACAGCAAACUGGGCUGGAUAUAUGAGUUUGCGACAGAAGACAGCCAGCGCUACAAGGAGGGGCGUGUGAUCCUGGAGAGGGCGCUAGUGAGGGAGAGCGAGGGAUUUGAAGAGCAUGUUCCUUCUGACAGCUCCUGAGGGGCCUUUCCUACACACGCACGCACACACGCACACACACACACACACACACUCACGCACACACACACACACGCACCCCUCGGGGGUGGGGGUGGGGGGGGGUGGAGCCAGCCAGUCAGUAAUAUACAAUCCCACAAAAACAACAAACAAACAAGCAACGCUGUCUCUGUUCAUACUGUGGUCUGUAACCUUUUCAUCACUGAGCGAGAGACUUAGAAAGAGAUCACUCACCAACAACAAUCACUCUGAUCAUAUGCUGUACACUGUCACCUUAGUGCCCAGAGUCUACUGUCUUGUGCUUCUACCAUAGUAAGAUGCGAGAAGCAAGUUGAGGAGCACAAAUCUUUAAAAAUAAUAAUAAUAAUAAUAAUAAUAAUAAUAAUAAUUAGCAAAGUCCCCUCUCAUGGUAAAGAUUGACGUCAGGGAGUUAAUGCUUAGGCCAAGACGACAAGGACAAAUUUGUUGAACUUAACCUGGGUUUUACUGGGUUCACUAAUUGGGGUGGAUGGGGGUUCAAUUCAGUUCAGUGCAAUACAGUACAAUGAAAAGUUGCACCUGAUUCACAAAAUCUCUAAAAAACGUGACAACUAUCGUUUUACGAUUGUGCUCUUCGAUUUGAAAACCGCUGUCGUUAAUUUAUUUUGUUUGUGAUUGUAUACAACUAAAAUCAGCUGCAAGUGAAGAGAUGAUCGACAUAGCAAUGCUAAUAGUAAUGAUCUUUUUUCUUUUUAAUUGUUAUUAAUGAUAUUUUUCUAUUUUCUAUGAUUUUCAUCCUUGUGGCAUACAGAAAAUUAAAGAUUUAAAGAGUUACAAUGGGGAUGGUGGGAAGUGUGAAAAGGGUUUGCUUUGGUUUUGUGUGAUUUAAAAAAAAAUGAAAGAAGCAAAGACAUUGAGGAACAACAUAUUCGUUUCUUUGUUGCUAUUUAUUUAUUUAUUAUUAUUUUUUUUAAAUUUUCUAUUUUCUUUGCUGAAACAUUCAUACAUACCAAGCCCUACUGGAGCUAACACACAGUGGAUGCCUAUCUGUCGGUCAGUCUGUCUGUUUAAAUGUCUUAUCUAUUUAGAUGCAAAGAUCUUGUUAGCAUUGCCUGGUUGCUCAAGGUCCAUUGUUUGUGACUUCUGCUGGCCCUGCUUGUGCCAUUUCCGUGCAAGAGGGGAGGGGGGAGGGUCAUGCCCUUUUAUUAUCCACAGGCACCAGAACCAGCCCCCCACACGCACCCUUCUCAGAAAAGCAUGACCUUUCAUCUCGCCAGCAUCAUCGUGCAUGGGUGGAAGAAAACAAACAAUCAUCAUCUGUUAUUUUCUUUGGGGGGGGGGGGGGGGGGGAGAUAGCUAAUAAUAACUUGAAAGCAAGAAAGAGCUUUUCAAAUGUUCUGUUUCUUCUGUAGUACUGAUUUAUCAAUAAAGUGAUUUAGUCUUGCUGAA